GCUCAGAACGGGCGGGGCGGCCUCGUAGUCAUGUUGCUUUCUGCGUUCUGGACUGCUUGUUCGAGAAGCGUUUUAAGGAACCAUCCAGGAUUACUCAAGCACCUACAGCGCCACGAUAUGAAGGGCACGAGUGUGAGUAACACCAGCAACGCACAGCGAUCUAUGUCUGCCAGUGUGUCUGGACAAAAGUCCGUGUCGUUUUCUAGGAUGGAAAACCCAGAGCAAUCUCAAACCCAGAUCACCGUAAAAUCAAGCGCAGUAAGUACAGCAUAAGCUUGACGAGCAAAGCCGAAAUGAAUCGACAAAGGUGCGUGCCGUAAAGUGGAAAAGGGCUCUCUGCGCCAUUGCCAUUGGCCUCGCCUUGAUCUUCAUCGUUGUCAGCGUCGUCCGCAUGUACCUCGGUUACGGAUUCCUGAGUGGCAAGUCCAUACCAUGUAAAUCAGCAGCUUGUAUUGAAGGCACUAUGAGGAUGGAAAGUGCUUUAAACCGGACGUUUCCGGUGUGCACGAGUUUCUACAACUUCGUAUGCGGGAGUUGGAAGCCUCGUGAACACGACGCCGCCGACGUUCCACAUGACAUGUUCAUCAACGCUACCCGUAGAAUAUUCAAGGCCAUCGAUGAGGGCGAAAUCUAUCUAGGAGCAGCUGUCGCCAAAGCGGAAGAAAUGCUUAAAACCUGUUUACGUCAUACAAAGACAUCUUCAGCUAACGUUGAGACCUUCAAAAGUUUUAUGAAAGAGCGUGGACUUUCCUGGCCUCAAACGGUUGCAGACCACCAUCUUCACCCUUUAGAUGUGCUUCUAGAUCUCGCCAUCAACUGGAACGUAGGGCUAUGGUUCUCGAUUGGAAUCAGACGAACUUCAAGGAUACCACCCUUGAUUCAUAUCGAUAAGGGAUCGGUGUCUACCUUGUGGGCGGAGUUUCUGACGCGUCUAGAAAGGAUACACCGAUAUCGAACGUACGUUCAAACAUACUUCCGUGUGUUCGAUGACAGCGAUCCCAACAGCAGCGUGGUUCAAGAUCAGAGAAACGACGAGAAAACUAUACUCCAACAUAUCACUAACUUUUCCCCUGGGGAAGAGAAUGAUGCCUUAAUUCAAGCUUCCAAUCUCCAGGGUCUUUUCGCUACAGGGCAGCUAUGGGUAUCCCUUCUAAACAAGAAUUUGGCUCCAUCUUUUAAAGUGAACGAGACAGAUGCCGUCCUGGUGAGCAAUUGGAAUCAGCUUCAGGCGUUAGACGGUGCUCUGCUCGCAUUCAACUCGAGUAGACCUCGUCUCAUUCGCAACAUCGCAUGGACAUUUCUGCAGAUGUACUUCUGGCUUGCCGCACCUGAUAUUCUAACCGAGGGCACCGUUACAGUUUUCCACGGACCUUAUCGUACCAAGAUAACCUGUUUGAGGCUCGUGGAAAGGACAUUCGGCAUAGCCAUACGAGUCCGAUUUAUUUUGCAUGAAAUAUCGAGCCGCACACGAUCCGAUAUUGAUCGUGUCGGCAGCAUGGUGCUCUACAGCUUCGUCAGUCAGCUGCGGACAACGAAGUGGAUAGAUGCGAAGUCAAAAUCAACGGCUAUGACUAAGAUUCGCACGCUGGAGUGGAUUAUGUGGCCAAAUGAGAACCUCUUACGUCCGCAUCGCCUCGAUGCUAUGUUCGAAAACCUCCAUAAUGCCUCGUCGUCGAUUCUACAAACAUGGAUUCAAUGUCAACAGGCGCGAAAAGCUGCCAUAGGUCACAAGGACUACGCCGCGGUAUUUAACACAGACUUUAAUGUACUGUUCAAGUAUUUCUAUUCCCUCAACACUGUUCAUGUGUCUCUGGCAGCAGCGAACUUGCCACUGUUCGCAGAAGGUGGGACGCCCGCUAUGAAUUAUGGUUCCUUUGGAGCUAGAUACGCAGCAGCAGUGGCCCGAUCAUUUGAUGCCCUGGGGAUUUCAUUUGAUGAGCAUGGAAGGAGAGUGUCAUGGUGGUCGCAGGAGUCUCUCAGUAGCUACAAGGAUCACACAUCGUGCAGACAUUCAGAACGGGAAGGUUUGACGCUGUCACGACUGGUACCCGCUUUAGAAGCUGCGUUUACGGCGUUCAAGCUCAGCAAAACUCUGAACGCCUCGGAGACUGUCAAGUGGGACAACGGAUAUAUGGACGAUUAUACUGAGGAUCAGCUGUUUUUUAUCAGUUUCUGCCAUGCUGUAUGUGCCAAGAAUCCCACUAGGGCGCACAGGGAGUUGUGCGAAGCUCCCCUACGAAACAUGCAGCUAUUUGCGGAGGCAUUUACUUGUUCACGAAAAUCGGCGAUGAACCCCGAAAAAAAGUGCCGAUUUUUCGACAAACGGUCGCAGCUCUGAAUAAACUAAGAUAUACU